CACCCCUUGUUUUGUUUUUUAUUACCAGGCACUAAACAUGGAGCCACAUGGUGGUAGUGGUGGUGGUGGUGAUGGCUGCGUGCAAGUAUGCGUUGGGGUUGAUGGGAGAUGGACUUGUAGUGCCCGAGCUCUUUGGUAGUCCAGCAUCCUAAUCCCGGUUCCCUCUAUUAUUUCUCUAGAUUUUUUUUCCCUAGACGACAGAGACACGACGCGACACGCUGUCGGAGGAUGAAACCCAGGUGACUGCCUGAAACAGGUCUGGUUUCUAGCCAUCGCGCCAUCGCCAUCGCUGCUUUCAUGCCAUUGACAACUCCUUCGCUAUUGGCCCUCAUCAAUGGGACUCUCGCCCAGCCAUGCGCCUCUUCUUUGUCUUCCUUGUCCUGCUGCAAUGCGCCCUGCUCGCUGGAUUGGGUUUCCUACCGACUGACCUGAUUCCCUACCACGAGAUCCUUCCCCAGGACAAGAUCUUGCACUUCUCCGGCUUUUUUAUCCUCACCUUCCUCACCUUCUUCAUCUGGGACCGGCCGCGCCGCUUCUACAACGUCCUCUUGACCGCGAUACCCAUCGGAGCACUAGCCUUUGGAUCUGAAAUCCUUCAGCCGAUCCUUUCGCCCACAAGGGCGUACGAUAGCCACGAUAUUGUUGCCAACGCCCUUGGAACCACUGCAGGACUCACCCUAGCGACUAUUGCGGAUCACAUCCGAGAGGCACGAUACUCUCGACAACAAGUUCGAUACGAAGCCAUCGAGAUGGUGUGACGCAACAACACAGGCAAAGCUAUAGCAUGCAGCCUAAAUGGCCCCUCAUAUCUCUACCAAAUAUCCUUAAGGCCAAGGAUAAGAACAGGAGCAAGGACAAGGACAAGGACAGGAACAAGGAUAAGGAAAGGAAUGGACAGAUCUGCGUAUGCGCGGUUUUAUUGUGUUGCCUAUGCGCGCAAUGCAAUGUUGCAGCCCGAACAUUGCAUACACCAUGCAGCAUUUCUCCGCAGUGGCGUUGGAUGGUCAUGGUGAAACGAGAGAGAGAGAGAGAGAGAGAGAGAGAGAGAAAGAGAGAGAAAGAGAGGGAAAGCGCACACGCGCGCAGGAGGGCAUUCGCAUUCAAGGCGUAACAUCAAAACCAAAGUCAAUGUGGG